CCUUUUAGAGAUGACUUUGUUCUAUUAGUGAGGUGACUUUUGAACCACACCUAAGGAUGAAAUCUGGUUGCCAGUGGAAUUAACUGUGUGGUUAGAGGGUUAGAACUUUCAGCCCCUCUCUCCUGACUCCCCACAUCCAUGGAGGGGAAAGGAGCAGGAGAUUAAGUUCAAUCACCAAUGGCUAACAACUUAAUUACUCACGUCUAUGUAAUAAUGCCACCGUAAAACACUUAAAAGAUGGGAGUGGGGUUCAGAGAGCAGGAUGCCCGGAGAUUCAAGGAGUUGUGGUUAUGGAAGCCAUGGAAUUCCGCACCCUUUCCUCAUACCUUGCCCUGUGCAUCACUUCCAUCUGGCUGUUUCUGAGUUAUAGCCUUUUAUAAUAAACUGGUAAUCUAAGUAAGUAAAAUCUUCCUCCGAGUUCUGUGAACCACUCUAGCAAAUUCAUCAAACCGAAAGAGGGGGUCAUUGGAACUGCCAAUCGAUUGCAUGUCAGUUGGAAGCUCAGGUGACAACUUGGACUUAGAUUGGUGUCUGAAGUUGGGGGUGGGAGCCCCUCACCUGUGACAACACUAUAGAUAGACAACACUAUCUCCAGGUACAUAGGGUCAGAAUUGAGUUGAAUUCUAGAAUGCCAGCUGGUUUGAGAGAAUUACUGAGUGGUGUGGGAAAAACCUCCAUAUAUUGGAAUUGGUGACCAGAAUUAUAGUGACUAUUACACUAAUAUGAUUUCCUAAUUUCAUUUCUCCCUCAAUUCUUUAGGGUCCAGGUUUGCCUGGAACACCGAGAGUCUGGCAUCCCAGGAACUCUCUCAGUCUUGGAUGAACCUGAACAGUGGGUGAUUCUGUAGGUCAGCAUCUGGAAAAUUUCUGCUACUGCUCACAUGGAUUAUUAAAAGACAAAGGAAUUAUGCACCACAGGUCAUAAUGGCACUAAAUGUCCACCAUUCUAAGGUCUGGACAGGACAUUCCUGACAGUGAACUUUUGCUGAAUGUUUGAAUUCUUUACCUUUAUCAUUAAGGGUGAAUUAAGUUUCUCAUCUCUGAAGAAAUACCAAAUUCUGCAAUCAUUCCAGAAGUGGAAGUUCAGCUCUCAGUGCAUUUUGGGGAAGCUUGAACGACACUCACCACUUAAGGUCAAGCAAACAACUGUUCAACCCCAACAACUUGACUGAAACAAAACAAAACAAAAGGGCCACUGGAUGUCUGCCUUCUUGGGGGGUGAGCCAGACAGACUGACAAACAAACAGACCCAACUGUGUUCGGGGGAGGGUUUCUCCUCCCGUUUUGCCCGGCAGCAGCAGCAUGGACGUGUUGGCUAGUUAUAGUAUAUUCCAGGAGCUACAACUUGUCCACGACACCGGCUACUUCUCAGCUUUGCCAUCCCUGGAGGAGACCUGGCAGCAGACAUGCCUUGAAUUGGAACGCUACCUGCAGACGGAGCCCAGGAGGAUCUCGGAGACCUUCGGUGAGGACCUGGACUGUUUCCUCCACGCCUCUCCUCCCCCGUGCAUCGAGGAAAGCUUCCGGCGCUUAGACCCCCUGCUGCUCCCCGUGGAAGCCACCAUCUGUGAGAAGAGCUCGGCAGUGGACAUUUUGCUCUCUCGGGACAAGUUGCUAUCUGAGACCUGCCUCAGCCUCCAGCCAACCAGCUCUUCUCUCGACAGCUACACGGCCGUCAACCAGGCCCAGCUCAACGCAGUGACCUCAUUAACGCCCCCGUCGUCCCCUGAGCUCAGCCGCCAUCUGGUCAAAACCUCACAGACUCUCUCAGCCGUGGAUGGCACAGUGACGUUGAAACUGGUGGCCAAGAAGGCUGCGCUCAGCUCAGUGAAGGUGGGAGGGGUGGCAACAGCAGCGGCAGCCGUGGCGGCAGCUGGGACAGUUAAGAGUGGACAGAGCGACAGCGAACAAGGAGGGGUAGGGGCUGAGGCAUGCCCCGAAAACAAGAAGAGGGUUCACCGCUGUCAGUUUAACGGGUGCCGGAAAGUUUAUACAAAAAGCUCCCACUUAAAGGCCCACCAGAGGACUCACACAGGUGAGAAGCCUUAUAAGUGCUCAUGGGAAGGGUGUGAGUGGCGUUUUGCACGAAGCGAUGAGCUCACAAGGCACUACAGGAAACACACAGGUGCAAAGCCCUUUAAAUGCAACCACUGCGACAGGUGUUUUUCCAGGUCUGACCAUCUUGCCCUCCAUAUGAAGAGACAUAUCUAAGAAAGCUAAAGGCCAGAGUUGCCAUGGCAUCGGCCAUUGUCUGAAGGAAAUGCCGCGAGGCAGGGGCUGGACUUCGAGCGGGGACCCAUUGCCUCGCAGGAGAAAGUUCUCACUGAUAAACCUCUGUGUACACACACGCACACAUGCGCACACACACACACAGUCAUGCACUCAGCUAUAUUUAAAAUAUAUACGUCUAUUCUUUAUGCCUUGCCCUAGCCAGAUGGUCGAAGAUGAAGAAGACGGGAACCCGGUGAACUCAGCAAGGCAGUCUGGCUGCUUACUUCAGCACUAUUGGAAUUAUUUCCCGCUGUUGCCAAUGGAAAUCAAAGAAAAUGGCUGUGACGUCUCUGCAGGUGGACGGCAGUAAGAGGGGCUCAUUUAACUUGCUUCUCAGUGCAACUUGAUAGGAGAAUACAACGUCUUAAAGUUGCAUAUGUGUAGCACUAAUGUUUCUUUUUAAAUAGUUGGGGGAAAAUGACCUAGAAAACCAAAUUGCAGUUUGGUAGCCAAAAUUAACUCUUGGUUUAUUUGUCCUUUGUGUGUGAAAAGUCCUACUAUUCCGUGCGUCCGACUUCCUCACAGAACUGUUGAUCAGUUUUGGUUCUUCUUAGUACUAUUGAGAUCUUUCCAGUCGAUACCAACGGCCUUAGCGGCGGCAGACUCUGGAAUAACACCUUACACCUUUCUGGCCUGCAUUUCUCUAGACUUCACUCUCCAGGGAGGAGUUUUCUUUUCUUACUUUUUGACUCUUGCACACCAUAUGCACUAGGGAUUCUGGAAACUUCUAGCAUGACUGCAAAGUGGCCAAGAGAAUAAAGUCCUUGAUGAUAAAUCACAGUA